UGCAGCACCAAUCGCAGCCACCAAAAGGAGCAUGUCACCUUUAGCUACUUUCGUUUCAUUUAACUGUUUUUAUUUACGGGACGAGCAAUCAGCAAUACUUACCUAUCCCGAAAGACAACAUUUGUGAAAAUUAUGAAGGAUAUGGGGUCAAUGAAUUGAGCCCGACUGGAAUAAACUGUCCUUAAACGAUUGGAAAGUAUGUAAACAUUUCACAAAGAUGGCAUUUCUAUGCCCUGUGCGUAUCAGACGUGGAAAAAAGAAAAAAUCCUCCAGUGUAGAUUUGGAAAAGGAGCUGAGCAGGUCCAACAAUGGGGUCACCCCAGGGAUGGGUCGAAUUACGGGCUCCGCGAGUAUUGAGACUUUAGUGAGGGUGGGCAUCGAGAAGGAACAUGGAUUGUCUCCGGACAGUAAAAUGGUAGUUUUGCACGAUUUCACUCCCUGCGUGGAUGAUGAAUUGGAAGUCAAACGUGGACAGAUUGUUAAUAUUUUGUACCGCGAGAACGAUUGGGUGUACGUUAUUGGACUCGACACAAGACAGGAGGGGUUUAUACCCUAUUCAUACUGCACGCCUUACAACAAUCACCUGGCGGAACUGGCCAUCAAGAAGAAAUUGCCCCGAGAAGCCCAUUUAGCAUCCGGGGAUAGCUUAGACACUAACCACGACUGCGAUGGGGCGGGUGUAGACACAAGCGACUGUGAUUCAUUAGGGAAAAAGCACGGAACAGGUGCAGCUUCCCCCAUUAGCAUCCACUCUGAACCGGACAUGAUCCCUUUUUGUAAGGACCCGUCGGGAAGGUACAUCGUACUGUAUACUUUCAUCGCCCGCGAUGAGAACGAUGUGUCGGUAGAGAGAGGGGAAUUUGUCACUGUACUUAACAGAGAAGACCCGGACUGGUACUGGAUCGUGAGGAGUGACGGACAAGAAGGGUUCAUCCCUUCAGGAUUCGUCUAUCCCGCCGAUAAUGUGAUACAAGGGCACCUGAAUUCAACGAAUCAAAACAGCGGUAACAACUUCACCAGUCAGACUAACACUCACACACUAACGAACUCGACCGCCGACGAUUUGCGGUACCACGGCACCGAACUGGUGAUGCUUUACGAUUACAAAGCCCAGGCCCCCGACGAUCUAACCGUCCGACGAGGCGAUUGGAUCUAUGCCGAUCUCAAUAACCAGACGGUCGACGGGUGGUUGUGGGCGUACGCGCCCAAGACUAGGAAGUAUGGGUUCAUACCGAAGGCCUACGCCAGGCCGCCAGCUAUGACCAGCCUAUAACAUUGCCAUGCACCAUGCUCAAUUUUAUUAUUACUUUUUUAAUUUCUUACAUUUUUUUAUAUUCAUAUUUUUGUAAAAAGUAUUUUAUGC